AGUCUUUUUCCUUGUAUUGUUGGCCAUAGCCAGUGCUACCCACUAUGAGUGCCUUCCGUAUCCGGUGCCUUCCUUGUGCAGAAUUGAGUUCAUUUCCUACCAUCCAGGCGAUCAAGUUAGCUUUCCUACAGGCUACCAGCAAUAUCAGAUCAAAUCGUCACCAUCUACAAAAAUGAUCUCUUCCAAAGUGAAAACAUUCGACAGUGAGCUCUACGAAGCCAUGCACCGUCCUUCGAGUAUUGAGGUGACUAAUACGGAAAUGGAGACUCUGAUAUUGCCUGCUGAAUUGUCGAUGGGAGAUUUUAGCAAUAAUCACAUUAAUUUGGUGAAUUUAUCCAAUCCAGAAAAUUACCAAAUCACCUAUCUGGAUCUGUCGUCUAAUAGUUUAACCAACAUAGAUUUCAUCAGUCGUUUGGUGAACUUGGAAGUAUUACUUCUGGAGAGUAACACUAUGGAUCACAUUCCGAGUUCGGCACUGCGCCCGCUAACGAAACUCAAAUAUCUAUAUCUCCAAUAUAACUCUUUCGCGUCAUUUCCUUGGAAUGCUCUGGCUAGCAGCAUCAUCCACUUCGAUUGUUAUUUGAGCAGCAUUACAACAGCGGAAUUUUCCAGAGUCAGCCUUCCAUCGUUGGAGUAUUUGAAUCUUGAGCAUAACUCGCUUUCAACGAUCAACGUAACUGAAUUGCUACAGGCUGCUCCCAAGCUUAAGGAAGCCCAUCUGUACAAUAGUCAUAUAGAUAGUCUCGAAAUGAGUGAGAUUUUUGCCGAUCUAAAGGCGAACAAUGUCAGCUUUGAUGAACCGUAUGAUAUGUGUAACACCAAUGACUAUUAUGAGAGGAAAUUUGGAAUUUGCGUUCAGCGACGACCAGAUGAAUCAACCGUAAGCAUCGGUAAAGCUGUACUGCUUUCGAGCCUAGUAAUCGUAACUGCUGUGGUAUUUCUGUACAUUGUACUGCUGGUGUUUAGACACAUGAACCGAUGACGAUAGUUGUGAUGGAACAAGAGAUAGUGUGAAUCAGCGAAAAAUGGUAGGCAUUAUGCUUAUCAACUGUAAGUGUUAUGUUUGAGGAAUUUUUGUAGCGUUCGAUAGCUGUAAAUAGAAUUUGAUUAAGGAAAACAUGUAACUGUUUAUAUUGGUCUAUGUGAUGUAAAUAUAUGUAAUUUUUUACGAUUCCAAGAUCGAAAUCACCACCAAGUAAAAUUAAUGAGACAGGCUAUAAUUUCUUGUAAUUAUUAUAAUAAUUUAGCAAAUAAACACAAAGCUACUUUUUAGUUGAUUUAACUCUCUCGAUAAGCACUAAGCAUACGACAAUAGAGAUUUCAUUGAAAUUUUAGUGGAACUCUCAAAAUGCGGUACGUGUCAAGAAGGUUGAAAACCUCUGAUCUAGCAUAAUCAGUUUCGAAAACUUUCACGACGAAAUACAUAAAAACAACCUUAUCACGAAUUUGCGAGUUCAGCUUCAGCGCAAUCAUUCGAACUCGAACCGGCUCCCUGUACGCAGUACUAAUACAAGAUGCUGCGAUUGCAAACAUUCCUUCCGUUUCUCUCAUUGCUGGCCAUAGCAAUUGCUACCCACUAUGAAUGCCUUCCGUAUCCGGUGGCUUCCUUGUGCAGAAUUGAAUUCAUUUCCUACCAUCCGGGCGAUCAAGUUAGCUUUCCUACAGGCUACCAGCAAUAUCAGAUCAAAUCGUCACCAUCUGCAAAAAUGAUCUCUUCCAAAGUGAAAACAUUCGACAGUGAGCUCUACGAAGCCAUGCACCGUCCUUCGAGUAUUGAGAUGACUAAUACGGAAAUGCAGACUCUGAUAUUGCCUGCUGAAUUGUCGAUGGGAGAUUUUAGCAAUAAUCACAUUACUUUGGUGAAUUUAUCCAAUCCAGAAAAUUACCAAAUCACCUAUCUGGAUCUGUCGUCUAAUAGUUUAACCAACAUAGAUUUCAUCAGUCGUUUAGUGAACUUGGAAGUAUUACUUCUGGAGAGUAACACUAUGGAUCACAUUCCGAGUUCGGCACUGCGCCCGCUAACAAAACUCAAAUAUCUAUAUCUCGAAUACAACUAUUUCACGUCAUUCCCUUGGAAUGCUCUGCCUAGCAGCAUGAUCCACCUCGAUUGCUAUUUUGGCAGCAUUACGACAGCGGAGUUUUCCAGAAUUAGCGUUCCAUCGUUGGGGUACCUGAAUCUUCAGUAUAACUCGCUUUCAACGAUCAACGUAACUGAUCUGCUACAGGCUGCUCCCAAACUUAAGGAAGCCCAUCUGUACAAUAGUCAUAUAGAUAGUCUUGAAAUGAGUAGGAUAUUUGCCGAACUAAAGGCGCACAACGUCAGCUUUGACGAAAAGUAUGAUAUGUGUAACACUGAUGACAAUUAUGAGAGGAAAUUUGGAAUUUGCGUCCACAGACGACCAGAGGAAUCAACCGUAAGCAUCGGUAAAGCUGUACUGCUUUCGAGCCUAGUAAUCGUAACUGCCGUGCUAUUUCUAUACAUUGUACUAGUGGUGUUUAGACACAUGAACCGAUGACGAUAGUUGUGUUGGAACAAGAGGUAGUCUGAAUCAACGAAAUGGUAGGCAUUAUGCUUAUCAAUUGUUAGUGCUUUUAAAGAUGAAGUUUUGUAGCGUUUGUUCGAUGUAAAUGGAUGAUUAAGUGAAUAAAUGUGUAUGCGAAUAAAUGUAAUUUUGGACGGUUCAAAGUUCGAACCCAUUACGAAGUGAAUUGAAUGGAAGAGACUGCAAUUGGGGCAGAAGCACCGGUUUUAGCCAGCCUUAGAGGAUAUAUUUAAAAAAUAUGUGUGGAAAGCCAACAAGACUUACGUCAAAUGGAAGCUUUCAAUUCAUUGAAAGUGGGUAGUUAUCAUUUAGUUGCAUUGAAAAGCGCGUUGUGGAAUUUCAUAACCAGUUCUGAGCAAAUUUUUAAUUUCAGUUCCUAAAUCGGUCAAUCGCAUUUAUUACUCAUGAUAGUGGCUACUUUGGGACACCCUGGUCAAAUUAGAUUAUGAGAAUGUCAAUUUUGUUUGGGAAUGAAUAUUAUCUCCUCUGUUUGACGAUUCAAUAAAUAUCAAUAAAAGUGCUACAUUA